AUGUCAAAUAUUGAACAAUUAAAUUUACAUAUUACUAUUGAAAAUAAAACAAUGUUUAUUGAUGGUAAACAUAUUUAUAAUGAAAUUAUUGUUCAUAUGCCACGACUUCAUACAUUUAAGGAUUUGGAUCAACCAAUUGAUCAUUUAUCAAAAGAUGAUAUUCUACAAACUUUUUCUAAUAAUAUAUAUCAUCAAGUGGACUCAUUAAUGGUUUACAAUGAUACGAGCCAAUCAGGAAUAUCAAAUAAUUUAAGUUCAAAUGAUAAUCAAGUAUAUUCAACAGUUAUUGAAUUUCCUUAUCUUACUUCGCUUAAUCUGAUAUUUGUUCAUUAUCAUUAUCUUGAAAAAUUUCUUAAUGAUAAAAAAACACAUCUACCUUGUCUGGUCAGAUUAGGAGUUUGUUAUGAUAAAUUAAUAAUUGUCACAAAAAGAUUUACCAAUGGUAGAACACGUUUAAAUUGUAUGAAAGUCAAAGAAUUAUAUAUUGGCUAUGAUAUAAAUAUAGAUUCAGAAGAUUUCCAUAGUUAUUUUCGUUCGUUGUAA